CCCUGGGAGUUGUAGUCCGGGGACUACGAGCCCCGGCGUGCCCCGUCGCCGCCGCUGCUGCCGCCGCCGCGCCGGUCGGGCGGGCAGGAGGCGCGGCAUGGCGCUGCGCGGCUGCCUGCGGGCCGGGCGCGGGGCGCUGCGCGGCGCGGCGCCGCCCGCCCGCGGGGGCUGCGGCGGGGGCCGGCCGCCGGCCUUCGGCUUCCUCUUCGACAUCGACGGGGUGCUGGUGCGGGGCAGCCAGGUGAUCCCCGCCGCCCGCGAUGCCUUCCGCGCCCUCUCCGACGCCCGCGGGCGGCUCCGCGUGCCCGUCGUCUUCCUCACCAACGCUGGCAACUGCCUGAGGAAGGCCAAGGCCGAAGAGCUGUCCCAGGCCCUGGGGCUGCAGGUGUCUCCAGAGCAGGUGAUCCUGUCCCACAGCCCCCUGCGGCUCUUCAGUCAGUUCCACCAGAAGUGUGUGCUGGUGGCGGGGCAGGGGCCCGUGGAGGAGAACGCCCUGAACUUGGGGUUCAAGCAUGUGAUCACCAUAGAGGCACUGAGGAAGGCGUUUCCCCUAUUGGACAUGGUGGAUCAAAGCCGGAGGCCAAAGGAGCUGCCUCCUCCAACCACUGACUUCCCCACUAUAGAAGGGGUGAUUCUGUUUGGGGAGCCGGUCAGGUGGGAGACAAGUCUGCAACUUAUUAUUGAUGUACUCUUGAGCAAUGGAAACCCUGGGGCAGAACUAGAAGAUAUACCAUACCCUCAUCUGCCUGUUCUCGCCUGCAACAUGGAUCUUCUGUGGAUGGCUGAAGCCAAGAUGCCCAGGUUUGGCCAUGGCACUUUCCUUCUCUGCUUGGAGAACAUCUACAAGAAGGUGACAGGCCAUGAGCUGAAGUAUGAGGCCUUGAUUGGCAAACCCAGCACAGUUACCUACCGCUAUGCCGAAUACCUGAUUAAACAGCAGGCUGAGAAACAAGGGUGGAAGUCUCCCAUCCGACGCCUCUAUGCAAUUGGGGAUAAUCCCAUGUCCGAUAUCUAUGGGGCAAACCUCUACAACAGCUACCUCAAGUCAGCUCACCAGAACCAGGUCCAGGCUGGGGUGAAGAGGAGCCCACUGGCAGGUAGUCCCCAAAGUGAGGAGCAGCUUGAGCAAAGGAAGGACUGCAACAUUUCAAUGGAGAGCUGCGAGUCGAUUCUGGUCUGCACUGGGGUCUACCGCCACAGUGCGGAUGUUCCCAAUAACCCAGAGGAAUGCGUGACGGAGACUGUGUUCCACGGGCAUCGGGACUUCUGCUUUGACCCCAACCUGGUGGAGGCAUCUUACAUAGUGCAGGAUGUGAAUGACGCUGUGCAGCUUGCUUUCAAGAAGGAAAACUGGAGCUAGGGCUGAGACAGGUGUGCUGCAAAGAUCUACAGUCAGAGGUUUCAUGUAGUGGAAAUGGGAGAGGGGGAGAACAGGGAGAGACUGGGGUGAUCUAGUCUAUUCAACAUGAAAGAAAACCCCUUGUCUCAACACUGAACACCCCUUGUUUGUACUGAUACUCUUCUGCAAUCCUGACAGCUGCCAGCAGGCUUUCAACUGUGAACUUACGUUGCUACAAUCACAAAUUGAACCAUAAAGGAAAUUAUGGGAAUUGUGGGACAUAACGAGAAGGCCUGUCCCAGCAGUCCCAGUUUUGUUCUGCCAUCAGAGUUCUUUCUCUUCCACCCUUUGUGCACAGGGAUCAGGUGAGCCUACUCUCAUCUUUGCAAUGUAUUUGAGGAUGAAGCUCUUCCCUGUGCAAAGAGCCACCAUCAGCCAACAUACCAUACUAUUCGUCCAAUUUGGGAUGCGAGCAGCCCAGAAGCUCUGCUGUGGUGGCACUCUGCCAAGGGAAAGCUUUAACUCUUAACAGUCUCCUUAUAAUGAAUAAGUGCCUAUGGACUUUAACAAAUUCUGUUUGCUUGGGGAUUUACCACUGUGUCACUGUCAGUCUGAAACAAAGUUCCAUUUUGUAGCCCUCCAGCAGUUAGGGAGGGGCAGGGCCCGGCAAAGGAAGCCACAGUUGCCAGAGCAGCUUGUUGCAGGGCCAAGGGAAAAGUUGUAUUAUUCCCUCCCCACUAUUUAGCAUUCUGUGAAUACUUCCGCCUUUUGCAGCCAGCCUUAGGGGCCAGCGGCUGGCUCUGAAUAGCAAAGGGAAACACCUCGGUGUCUGAAUUUACAGAGGUGCCAUCGCCUAGAGCUCAGUUUUGCAGCAAGAGGCUGUUUCUGCACCCAGCCUGGCCCUAACUGUUGCAAGGGCCAGCCACAUACUCCAGCUGGCACAGCUUCCACAGAGGGGCCCCUGAGAACAAGGGCCAGCUAGCAGGAGUCGCAGCCCACCUUUGCUCCUUCCUUGCAUGUAGGGGUUGAAAGAGCCAGGAUGGUGCCCAAGUCCCAAACCCCCAGUCUUGAUCUUUAAGAACACAAAUCUAUCUGUCCUUUGCUUCCUUCUUUCCUCUCUCCCCCAUGUGGCUUGCAUCUCAGGGAUAUCCCAUAUGGUCUGAUAUGUUCCCCGAUAGGGUCCCUGUUCCCUCCCCUUCCUCCAGCGUGGAGGUAGAGUCCCCCCAACAUUCAUUAGCUGCUGGGACCUUGCUGCCCAGGAAUAGUUCCGUACCCCCAAUAGCAUACUCCUUCCAUUGCCUCCGUUUCCCUAGCGCUGGCUAGUCAGAGAAAGUUCACAGCCUGUGUCUCCUUAGAUGGUCCAAAAAAGUUAAGUAAACAUUACUUGAGGAUCUCUGUGUGAAAGAUUGGCUCAGGAAGGGGUUUCUUAAUUGUAGAUGAGCAUCAUGAUUUUUAGAAGGACAAGCAAGUCCAGGUAAGCAACACGAAGCCUUUGGCGCCAACACAAUUAUGUUCCUAGUUGUACUUGACUCGCCCCACAUAGAGCUUAGAAUGAGGUCUGAGGUGCCUCCACCUCCCUCCUUCCCAUUUUACCAGGCAGCUCCAUAUACAGGGUACAAAAAAAGAUAUUCUGCACAGAAAUUUGUGUUGUUCUCAAUUAAAAUCUCAGCAUCCACGUGCACUGACAUUCUGCGUCAGCAGCUCUGUGUUCCUCUUCCGAUACUGCUGUAUCCUGCUAGGAAGGUCAUGCUGCAGAGCGAGCUCUUUGGUUACAUUAUGCCAGGCUCUGUGUCCUGAGGGGGCUGGUGCUCUGUCAGUGACCCAGGCAAAGAGGUUGUUCUCUCUGCUCUCUAAGAAGGCAAGUUUUUCUCUUUCCCUUAUAUUCCAAACAGGAGCAGAAAAAUAGUUCUGACUGAAUUCCCUCCUGUGAAAUCUGCAGUGGGAAGCAGUCUCUUUCUCUCUUCACACUAGCUGAGAUUCUUCUCCUUUGUCUCAUCAGGACAAGAAUCACUUGGCUGCUUCUAAGAGCAGCUGUGAUGUGAGGAACACAGUCUUAAAUUUUAAUCCUUUGCCUUUCACUGGAGAGAGAAAGAAAUGAUUGUUUAACCUACUUGUACAAAACAAAGGCUUGCCUCCAGUUCCCAGAAGAAUAAGUACAGGGAUUGACUUGGCAUAUGCCAUGGAGAAGGUCUUUUAGCUUUCAGAGCAUCUCCAAAGUCACAAGCAUGCUAUAGACCCAGUGUGCGAGGCCUGAUACUGGAGCCCCAAAUCCCAUUUAUUCUUAGACUGGCUCUGGUGUCCCUCAACCUCACUUCCACAAGUGACAUCCAGCAGCAGGGAGAGGAAUGCUCCCUUUCUGAGCAAUGUGAGCUAGCUUUGGUGAUUAGCUGGUGACUUCCUUAGGAUUAACUGGGAACUGUCUUCUAGGCCAUAGGGAGCCAGGCUGCUGGUGAUAACUCCUGGUCACGCCUUCCAUUUGGUAGGUGCUUACCUGCAGAAAUACUAAGGUUUGUGCAUUUGCGUGUGCAGUGGUCUUUGGCAGAGCUCUUUCUUGUGAUGUGUUAAGAUCUUGGUGCCAGUUGCUCAGAGACAGGAUGCUGCGGAAACACUGUUCUCUGGGGGCUGCAGUGAUGUUGAACCAGCUUUCCUGAGUGGAGUCAAGUGCUCUGGCUGCCAUUUCCGAUAACAGCGGUAGCUUUGUGGAAGGAACAUGCAGAGGAAUUUUAUGAAAUUACGAAACCGCCUGUGAUUUCUCAUCAACAUGCACAGCCCACCUCAGCCAGAAGCAAGAUAGCUAGCAAGGAGGAGAUAGGGCCUCCUCCACAAGCAGAACAGUUUUGCAUUUGCACAGAGAACAAGCCAGGCACCUCCAUCUCUAGAAUAGUAGUGGAGAUGAACCGACUGACGUGAAUCUGCUUUGGAUUCCAAAUCUACUUUUAACUUCAGGUUUUUUUUUGGGGGGGGGGGGGGUUAGCAUGUUAAUGUUGAAGCAGUGCUCUGGGAAUCUUUAAAAUGCAUAGGAGGAGCUUUAGUGAUUAAAGAAGCUUCACUUUUGAGUCGAAACUGGGGAGAGAGCAGAAGAAAGCUAGGAGAAUUUCUUAUCCCUUCCCCUAUUCUUGCCAAGUAACGCUGCUUUCGGGGCUCUGCUUGUCAGUCUGUGCACUGAUAAGUCAAAUGGGCUACCCUUGGUCUGAGCAACACAGAGAACUUGUCUGUCUUCCGCUGCUCAGCUCCUUGAAAUGGUACACUUUGUCCGAGUCACUUCCCAGGAACUGCGUGGGCGCAGUGAAUGGAGUAGGAAUUCGGGAUCUCCAGCUGCUAUCAGAUACUGACCUGGUUACAGAAGAUUUCUACAGCAAGAAGCGCUUGCCAGAUCUUCGUUCCACGCGUUUUGUGGUGGAGCACUGUGCAGGCUGCCAGCCUAUCUGCAGUUCAUUUAUGGGUGCCUGUUAAUGCUAGAAUUCAGUGAAGUCCUUUUUCUUGCUUUGUUUCCUGGGAUUAGCUUUAAGCGUGGCUGGAACAUAACCUUUCCUUUGUCUCACGUAUUACACAGAUGUGGUAUUUUAGAUACCAUAUUUCUCUGUUUUCCAGCAAGCAUACUUCUAUGCAGAUUAUUGAACACAGUGAGCAGAAGAGAGGACUUCACUUGCCAAUCUAAUCCUGUAACGUUUAUAUAUGGUGCACUGCCCUGUUGCAACAAACAUUAUGAAGACCUUAUCCUAACAGCUGUAUCUGCCACAGAUGGAUGGAUUUUGGUCAAGCCCUAAGGGAGUAAGUGGUGAGGUGAUGUGACUGAGAAUACCACAGAGGAACUGAAGGAUGGAUAUAAAUUAUUUUGGACCUGAAGGAGAGCUUUUAUGUCUUGCAAUAAGAUUUUGAAAAGGGUGGCCAGAGAGGAUGAUUCCGUUAUUCCACGGGACAUAAGCAACUACUAGCCUGGCAUUCAGGGAGUGACAUAACACUACUACUGUGCCCUUUCUUCCAAUCCUAGUGCUGGUGUGUCUUUUUUCUCCAAUAAAUGGGUAAUUUAGAUUUCAGAUUAUAUCUUGUGCACUGUAGCAGUGAUUAUGUAUUGUACAGAGAAAUCACAAGCUGUGAUAGUUUUAGCUUUCAUAUUAAGUUCAACCCAAUUCCAGAGCUGCUCCUUUGAACUAGCACAUAUUAAAAAAAUAACAAAAGAGGAUUUCUGUGAAAUAAAUUUUAACAUGCUGUGUGUACAUAUCA